CUUCUUUUUUGUUUUUAGGCUCUGCAAUAAUCCAGAUGUAUUUGUGAAUAAGUCUUUGACAGCUUUAGUAAAAUAAGGUAUGCUGCUGUGAGACGAUCAUCAGACCACAUGUCAGAACCUGUUGAGCAUUUUGCGCAAAGAGCCAGCUCUGACCACCAGCACUUUCUACAGAUGACAGCGAUCAUAGGUGUUCCUGUGGCUUGCGGUGCGUCCUCCAGGUAGAAAUAAUGGCAAACUUCACCAACACGUCUGAAGGAAUCUCUGCUGUAAACGAGACCUUUCUGGAUUCAGAGUUUCGCUAUGUGCUUUUUCCUGUCAUGUACAGCAUCUUCUUCAUUUUGGGCUUCUUCUCUAACCUUUAUGUGCUGUUUGUCCUGUGGCGCCUCCGUGAAGCGAGGGCUAUGGGAGAAAUCUGCAUCUACAUGACCAACCUGACCAUCGCUGAUCUGCUUUUUGUGUCUGCACUCCCCUUCUGGAUUAGCUAUUACCGACGUGAGGGGGACUGGAUCUUCAAUGACUUCAUGUGCAGGAUGACAGGAUCGUUUUUUUUCAUCAACACCUAUGGAACCAUCCUCUUCCUUGGAGCGAUCAGCCUUAACCGGUACUGGGCGGUCACUCGCCCUCUUGAUGCAGCUUCGUCAGACCACAGGUGCCGCGGGAUCAUCGUGUGUACCCUAAUAUGGGCCUCCACCAUUUCCACGGCCAUCCUCUACAUGAUAUCGACAACUAAAACUAAAGACAAAACUAAAAAUAAAACUCGAUGCUUUGAGGGAUACCAAAAUAAAAAUGAUGAGGAAAAAAGGAAAGUUGCAGCAUUUAAUUUCUUACUUAUUGGGAUGUUUUUUCUUGUUUUUCUUCUUGUUGUGAUAUGCAACUUCCUCAUUGCCCGAGCCUUGAUUUACCAAAGUGCACCACAGUCAGAGUUGUACUCUGAGACAAUCAGGUCCAACAGAACAACGGCGUCUUCAUGGAAAAGGGCUACAAAGGCCAGAGGAUUGAAGAAGAAGGCUUUGCAAAUGCUCCUAGCAGUGGUGGGAGUGUUUGUGUUAUGCUUUCUGCCUCACCACAUAGUCCAGGGCCCCUGGACCCUGGCUGUGCUGCAGAUAACAGAGGGCUGGGGCCAUGUGACAUGGGGUCAGGACACACGGCAAGCACUAAACGAUGCACAUCAGAUCACCUGGGUUCUAAUGGGCCUCAACUGCAUCCUGGAUCCUGUGGUGUAUUUUUUUGCCACAAGGAAGUUCAGGAGUUUCAUCAUGGAGCACAUCAGAAAGUUAUCAAAGGGUGAAACUAUCUCCUAUACAGCCAACACACGGAUAUCCAUGAACAGCAGAAACCAUAGUAGAAAACUCCAAAUAACCCAACAGCAGCUGAACAAGGAUGAGAACGAGGCCUCUUGUCUUUGACACAGCUAGGAGCUAUAGAGUCACAUUGUUUCAUUUGUAACUUAUUAGAAAGUUAAACACUGUCAUUUUAUAUCUUUGUGUUAUUUUACAAGUUGUUGUACAAAGGUUUUUACUUUACUUCACAUUACAAUUCCUUACACCUGUUAAAUGCGCGCAACUUAAAUGUAUGACUGCUGUCUAAAAGCAUUUAAGUAAGCUGUAAUUAAAUACCUGUCAUCAGGUUUAGCAGGAAAAUGCACAUUGAAGGCUGCAAGUUGUUGUUUAGUGUUUACUUUUACUUCUGAUUGUUAAAUAGUGCACUCUGGUCAGAAAAUUAAAUCUUCUAUUUUUUUCUCUUACAUAUAUUCAUUUAUGAGUGCCGAGUCUGCAUUUACUUAGUUUAUAGGAAUAUGCACUCAGGCCUCACAGCUGCAAGGUUAUAUUAUGUCUGAGGGAGAGGAGUUGUUAUUUAUCCUAUCAGGAAGUGGUUGGGAUAAAAAAUAAUUUUUCUUAUAACAAGCUAGACUCGUUCUCUGUGUGUAUGCAUAACAUUUUAUUUUUUUCCCUAGACUGAAAUUAUUUUUGCUUACCUGUAUGUGGAGACCUUCUCUGCCUUUCUGCAGGGUUUAUGUUAGUGAGAGGAGCUUUUGUCCAAUCAGAUCAGGCAGAACAUUCGGCUGUUAGGGCUGCUUUGAUUAUCUUGUUCUCUCUUUGCAAAGAACGUCCCUAACAGUAUCCUGAUGCGUGAGUGUUGGUUGUUCUCCACAGAUGGCAGUUGUUCAUAUCCACUUAAUUUUUUUGUUGUUGGCCAAAACAGUUAAUGGGUUGCGAAGCACUGUACUUGUGUAGGGCUUCCUUUAAAGAUUCUUACCCUUCUGCCAUUGUAUGUGAAAGUGCUGCAGCUGCAGGGCAUCCUGCUCCACUCUGAGUUUUUAGAGCAGUCAGACUCGGCUUUAAAUGGGAAAAAGUAAACCAGAGGGAUGUUAUUUGGUGAUUACUACCCUCGUCUUGACUGCCUUCUCCUUAUCUAAUCACCUUACUUUAUUUCUUAUGUAAUCAUCUUAAGUUUUCUAUGGAUCUAUUGUGUGUA